AUGGAUGAAAACUUUGUCUCCACAUUUAACACCCACUAUCUCUUCCAUAAUUAUGAUUUUAAUGAUGUUCCCGGGCAUUUUGGUUUCAGAGUUGUUAAUGGAGUAAGAAAAAUAUCUUUCGCCCGUUGCAAUCAAUUGAUCGGACAAGAAGCUAUCCUGAAGGCGUUGAAGUCACAUACUAUUUUAGCCUCUACCCGUCAUGCCAGCCUUCAAAGUGUCUGGUUUCAUCCCGAUCCGAUGGUCGUGUAUGGUGUCGGAGAUGAUUAUGCUGCUGCUAAUUCUUCAGGCCAUUGUGUGUUGGUUGUAGGUUAUGGUCGUGAUGUCAACGACAACCUUUACUACAUUAUCAAGAGUCACUGGGGCCGUUCGUAUGGCCACUUGGGAUACUUGAGGGUUGCUGCUGGCAGCAUAGGCGAAAAGGGUGAAGAGUUAGUUAACAAAAUAAAUCUGAUUGAUGACAAUGUGUUUGAUUCUUUGCCUCUGAGACCCAAAUGUAAGCAGGCAACUAAAAAGAAGGCAAAAAGGUCUAUUAUUGAAAGCGAGAAGGAAUUUGAUGUUGAUGGAGGUUAG